GAGACUGGAAAUACUGUUGAGAAAACGACAAAAUGAGUAGUCGUCGAAAACGUGCACCUCCAUCAAAGAUAGAUGAGGAGAAGAAGAAGCAGCUCUGCUGGAAUAUGCAUGAAGACCGCAGAAAUGAGGUGAUAACAUUAGAUGAUGAAAUGACUAAUGAGGACCACGUUCCAGGUCCAAGCACUUCUUCUUCAUCCUUUGUUGUUAUAAAUGAUGAUAGCACUGAUGAAGAUCUUAUUCAAAAAGAAGGCAGUGGCUCAAAAUCUGUUAAGUUUUUGACAGUUAACGAUGAAGAAGACUCUUAUUCCAUCUUGACUCCUGUGUCAGUACAGCUAAAUAUUAUAGUCUUGCCAUACCGUGCGGAUGGGUCCUGGAAAGCUUUGUUGGGAGAAUUUGUUCUUCGUCUUCCUUCUGAGCAAAUUCUAACUAACAAAUUCCAUGAAAGGAGCUUUACGUUGAUGAGAGGAGACUCUGAUGAUCAGUUGCAGGUCUGUGUUCAUGAAAGAAGUGAAGAAGAGUACAGUAAUGAAACAAAAGAAUACCUGGGUGCUUAUGAACAACGUAUUUUGGUGGAAACAACUUUAGGUGGUGAAAUAUUGGAAGGCUUGAGAUGGUUGCAAAAGAAAAAGAUAAUUGGACUUUAUCAAAGACCUGGAGAGGCUCAAGCUUUAAAGGUUGGAAUUUACCUUCUGGAAGCUGGGCUAAGUAAACCGGAGUUUCUCAGCGAUGGAGGUGGAAGACCCAAAAAAGCUAAUCAGCUGAUUCAAAAACUCAUGGAAAAGUUCUAUAGUUUUUUAAUUCCAGAUGAGCUGGAGGAAGAUGAGGAAGAAUCUGACAUGGAACUAGAGCGACAAAAUAUUGAAGAGCUUUAUGACUUUGUAAGGCACACCCAUCAGCAGGAUAUCCAGUUACUGAGAGAGGAUGUGCAGCAUCCUGCGUUAAUUCCUAUUCUGAGGCCAUACCAAAGUGAGGCUGUGAACUGGAUGCUUCACCGAGAGAACCUCACAAGCACUCCAACCAGUGAAAAUGCACUGCACUUCUUAUGGCGAGAGGUCAUCACUCUGGAUGGAGUGAAAAUCUACUAUAAUCCAUUUACUGGCUGUAUUAUCCGUGAAUAUCCGAUUGCUGGACCCCAGUGGCCUGGAGGUAUUUUGGCAGAUGAGAUGGGUCUUGGAAAAACAGUAGAAGUGUUGGCUCUUAUUCUGACUCAUACCCGACCAGACAUUAAACAAGAUGAUCUGACAUUACCUGAGGGUAAGCUCGUGAACUUCUUUGUUCCACCUCAACCUUUAGAAGGAAAUAAAAAGAAAAAAACAAAGGAAAUGGAGCUUAAAUUGAAGGAAAAAAUACAAUAUCCCAGCUUACGAGUGAUGAUAUUAGCAGCUGUAAAGGAAAUGAAUGUGAAGAAAGGAGCAUCCAUUAUUGCAAUAUUUAAGUACAUCAGUGCUAUAUAUAGGUAUGACAUACAGAGAAAUAGACGGCUUCUCAAAAGAACUCUAGAAAAACUAAUUGCAGAACAAGUAGUAGAGCAAGUCAAAGGACAUGGUCUGGCUGGGUCUUUCAAGUUGGGAAAGAAUUACAAGGAACAGAAGAGGCGAGAAAGAACCAAAGAGCAGAUAGCAAAGACUUCAGAAAGCAUUCAGAAGAAGCAGUUGAUUGAUGCUAAAACUCAAACCAAAGAAUCAAGAAAUAGUGAUGUCACUUCUGAAAAUGUCCUUAAAACCCCUUUACGGGUAGAUAUCACCAUGGAAGAACAUGAUUAUUGUACAACUAGCAAAAAUAACAAGAAAUCUGAAGCAGAUCAUAAGAACUCUGUAAAAGAGAAUAAUGAAAUCCCAAAGGACCCAUCCUCACAUUCCCAAGAACAUGCCGGCAGUAGCAUACAACAUACCAGUUCUGUAUUUCCAUUUAAUACAUCUGAAUAUCGUUUUGAAUGCAUCUGUGGUGAGCUUGGGUUGGCUGACUAUAAAGCUCGUGUGCAGUGCCUGAAAUGUUACUUAUGGCAGCAUGCAGAAUGUGUAAACUACAAAGAGGAAAACCUGAAGAUCAAGCCCUUCUACUGUCCCCAUUGCCUCGUGGCAAUGAAACCAGUUUCCACAGGAGCGACACUGAUAAUUUCUCCGAGUUCUAUUUGUCAUCAGUGGGUAGAUGAGAUCAACAGGCAUGUAAGAUCAUCUUCUCUUCGAGUUCUGGUGUAUCAAGGUGUGAAGAAGCAUGGCUUUUUGCAGCCACACAUGUUGGCAGAGCAGGAGGUGGUUAUCACCACAUAUGAUGUUCUCCGCACUGAACUGAACUAUGUAGAUAUACCCCACAGUAACAGCGAAGAUGGGCGCCGUUUCAGGAACCAGAAGCGGUACAUGGCCAUCCCAAGCCCCUUGGUAGCAGUGGAGUGGUGGAGGAUCUGCCUCGAUGAAGCACAAAUGGUUGAAUGCACUACCGCAAAGGCUGCUGAAAUGGCACUCCGUUUAAGUGGAAUCAAUCGCUGGUGUGUCAGUGGCACUCCUGUGCAGCGAGGAUUAGAAGAUCUUUAUGGAUUAGUCCUUUUUCUUGGAGUUGAUCCUUACUGGGUCAAACAUUGGUGGGACCAACUUUUAUAUCGACCUUAUUGUAGGAAAAAUCCCCGGCCUCUCUACAGUCUAAUUGCCAAGAUAAUGUGGAGAUCAGCAAAGAAGGAUGUGAUUGACCAAAUUCAAAUCCCCCCUCAGACAGAAAAUGUACACUGGCUUCACUUUUCUCCUGUGGAGAGACACUUCUAUCAUCGCCAGCACGAGGUGUGCUGCCAGGAUGCAUUGGCAAAACUCAGGAAGAUUUCGGACUGGACUCUGAAGCUUAGUAGCCUGGAUAGAAGGACUGUGACUUCUAUUCUGUACCCUUUGCUGCGGCUGAGGCAGGCCUGCUGUCAUCCACAAGCUGUUCGGGGAGAGUUCUUGCCAUUACAGAAAAGCACCAUGACCAUGGAGGAACUGCUGACAUCUCUGCAGAAGAAAUGUCGAACGGAGUGUGAGGAAGCUCACCGACAGUUGGUGUGUGCUCUUAAUGGCUUAGCUGGUAUCCAUAUUAUUAAAGGAGAAUAUGCAUUCGCUGCAGAGCUGUACAGAGAAGUGUUACGAUCAUCUGAAGAGCACAAAGAAAAGCUCAAAACAGAUUCCUUGCAAAGACUUCAUUCUACACACAAUUUGAUGGAAUUGUUGUUGGCAAAGCACCCAGGAAUUCCCCCAACUCUGCGUGACAGCCGACUUGCAGAAGAGGCAGAACAACUUCGACAGCAUUAUAUGAGUAAGUCCAAUGCAGAAGUUGCAGAAGCCCAUCAGGCUUUACAGCCAGUUCUUCAGACCAUUCGGGAGCUCCAGAGAAAGAUACAUUCAGGUUCUCCUUGGUGGUUGGAUGUCAUCCAGACAGCAAUACAGUAUGCCAUCGAUGAGGAGCUUGUUCAACGUGUGCAAAAUGAAAUAACCAGCAACUACAAACAGCAGAUUAAUAAGCUCUCCAUGGCAGAGAAAUUCCGUGACUGCAGAGGCCUUCAAUACCUGCUCACAACCCAGCUGGAGGAAGUGAAGAAGUUCCAGAAGAUUGUAAGAGAAGCAGUGAAAAACUUAGAAGGCCCUCCCUCUAAGCAGGUUAUUGAGGCUGCCACUAUCUGCCAUUUGCGACCUGUUAGACUUCCACUUAACAACUGUGUCUUUUGUAAGGCUGAUGAGCUGUUCACAGAAUACGAAUCAAAGCUCUUCUCUCAUACUGUUAAAGGCCAAAUGGCAAUAUUUGAGGAGAUGAUAGAAGAUGAAGAAGGGCUUGUUGAUGACCGUUUGCCCACCACAAGUAGAGGACUGUGGGCAACCAGUGAAACUGAACGUGCCUUGAAAGCUAUUCUCUCCUUUGCCAAAGCUCACCGAAUGGAUGUUAAGCUAACCGAAGAGGGCAGCAUAUUUCUGGAACUCUUUGAAGCAUGGAAAAAGGAAUAUAAGUUACUUCAUGAAUAUUGGAUGGUACUAAGGGAUCACGUGUCUGCUAUUGAUGAACUGGCAAUGGCUACAGAACGGCUGAGAGUGCGUCAUCCUGAUGAGCCAAAACCAAAUCCACCAGUUCUCCACAUCAUAGAACCGCAUGAGGUAGAGCAAAAUCGAGUGAAACUUUUGAAUGACAAGGCAGUUGCCAAAUCACAGCUUCAAAAGAAAUUAGGACAACUUCUGUAUCUCACUAAUCUGGAGAAAUCUCAGGAUAAAACUACCGGGGGAGUUAACCCAGAACCAUGUCCAAUCUGUGCACGUCAACUGGGAAAACAGUGGGCAGUGCUGACGUGCGGACAUUGUUUUUGUAACGAGUGUAUAGCUAUCAUCAUAGAACAGUACAGCGUUGGCACCCGCCGGAGCUCAAUUAAAUGUGCCAUUUGCAGGCAGACAACAUCUCAUAAAGAAAUAUCGUAUGUUUUCACUGCAGAAACUGCAAACCAAGAGGAUGAUAUUCCUGUAAAGGGAAGUCACUCCACCAAAGUGGAAGCUGUGGUCCGAACACUGAAGAGAAUUCAAUUUAAAGAUCCAGGGGCUAAAUCCUUAGUUUUUUCAACGUGGCAAGAUGUGUUGGACAUAAUUUCAAAAGCAUUGUAUGACAACAACAUGAUUUUUUCCCAGAUCAAUGGAAUUAGUAAAUUUCAGGAAAAUCUCUCUGCAUUUAAAUAUGAUCCCAACAUCAAUAUUUUGCUGCUGCCUCUUCACACUGGUUCCAAUGGCCUAAACAUCAUCGAAGCAACUCACGUUCUGCUUGUGGAACCCAUUCUGAAUCCUGCACAUGAGCUACAGGCUAUUGGCAGAGUACAUCGUAUUGGCCAAACAAAAUCUACCAUUGUUCAUAGGUUCCUGAUAAAAGCAACAAUAGAAGAGAGAAUGCAGACUAUGCUGAAAACUGUAGAUAGAAGCCACACGAGCUCUUCCAUGAAACAGUCAGAAGCCUCAGUUCUGACAGUGGCAGAUUUGGCUGACCUUUUUACAGAGGAAACUGAAGAACUUGAGUAAAAACAUUGGUUUGGCCUAAUGAAAUCAGAAAGUACCUGACCUAAUAAGCACCGGUAUAUAAUCCACUUGAUCUGUCAUUCCUGUAAACAUCAUCUAACAUUUGUCUGUAACAGAGCUAUUGGAAAUUGAAAAGUCUUAAUUGUUACUGUUUUACUCUGUGGUGAAGUUCUUAGCAGCACACACUUCUGAUAGCACUGGAGAAAACUUGCACUUUGCACAUUAUACAAAAACAUGGAUUUUAUUCCCAAAGAGCAUUUGAGCUGGAUGCUAAAACUAAGAUCUUGGACCCUUGGUUGAGAGGAAUUUUACCAUUAGGUUUGCUUGGCUAGUAGCUCACUCUGACAGCAAAACUGUGUGGGUGGUUGGGUGGGAAAGGGGAAGCAGAAAAACACAAAUCUAAUUUUUUUUACUGUACAAAGAAUUGUUAGAAAGAAUGACUGUAAAUUAAUGUUCUCCUAGAAAGGGCUUGUUAGCAUUUAAUGCAGAGUUACUGAACGUCUUAUUGGUA